AUGCCUGCACCCUUCAGCAACCUCUUCAGGGAUACCUUCGACUCAAGCCGGUCUUCGCGUAGAUCUACCCAUAGCGCCUACGGAUAUGAGCCCUCAAGCCGCAACAGCUAUAGCGGAUCCAGCUCUAGUAGGCUAACUGGACCGUUCGACAUGCCGUACGGUGACUACAUCACAGAGCCACGUCGUUCAGAGUCUGGUAGCUCAUACCUUGGUCGUGCCGAUACACAGCGCCAAUCCCGUGAUUUCCAGUACAAUUAUCGCGAUGUAAGCCGGAUCCGCUCUUCCAAGCGUCCUCGUGCUUUUACCCACAAGCACGCGUACGACGACCAUCGUUCAGUGAGCCCACUGGGUACGUCUCGUUUCGAACAGCCAUCCACGUCAUCUGGUUUGUUCAGGGUGGGCGGUUCUAUAUCCAAUCGUGCGCCACAUCCGUCUUAUGCGACAAGCUUGCGUGACACUUCGCGGUCUACCUCAUUUGAGAUUGACCGUGGUGGCGAUGGAUAUGAACGUCCAUCAACCUCGGGUGGCGGUCUCUUCCGUAGCAGCGCGACUCGCGGUGGUACUACACCGCGUCGUAUGGGAAAUGACGGUGAAUAUGGUUCGAUGCUGGGUCGUGAGCGUCGUCCUAACAUCGGUUCGAACUUUCGCGACGGUGGGUUCAACUGGAGCGACUUUUGA